AUGGAAACCUGGCUGGCUGCCACAAGGACUUGGCGGACUGCCAUGGGAAGCGACCUUGGAGACAUCCUGCCCGGCCUCUCUGGCUCUCCUCGGACAGGACCGACGCAGAUGGUCAACAGACCCGCAGACAAAACAACGACGAGUGGAAAAAGCCUGAACUGUGCCUUCUGGCUUGGCCCCCCCUCUGCUACCGGCAGGACAUCCUGCGCCAGCUCGGUCCUCUCUGAGACGGCGUUCCUCCUCGUCACACAAACGCCCAGUCACAUACUGCAGCGUAAGAUCCGCUGGAUUCAUCGAUUCCAAAGUUAG